AUGCUCUUUCUGGGACCUUUUAGACUGCGACAGUACCCAGUGGCGCUCGCCCGCACGAGGUGUGGUCGCCGCUUCGCCUCCUCGUCGACUCCGCCCGUCAUCGGCUCCGCUCCUCAGUACCCUCGACACCUUGUCAUCCAUACACCUCAUCCGACAUCUACGUGGCCCUCGCAUCUCGAAUCGGUAUCGCGCUUGUACAGGGAGCUGGGACAGCGAUGGGCGAAACAUCCGGAACUGAGCAAGCUGGGUUUCGGCAUGUCCGAUGGAGGAAGCGGGUCUGUCGAGGAGCACUGGGAUCCUGCAAAGAGCAAGUUUGACGAGCCGGCGGAACCAGGCGCGGUCAAGGAGGAACGCUACUCCGCCACGCUCUACCCCGACUUCCUGCACAUCCCCAACCUCUCGCCUUCCUCGAUCUCCUCCUUCGAAUCCCUCUAUCUCUCCCUUCCUCCACCUCGAACCGUCCAGCCUUCCUCUGAAACGACUACGGCACCUCCUCGAACCCACAUCUUUGUCUGCACACACACGACCCGCGACUGCCGAUGCGGAGACCUUGGCGAGCCGCUCUACCAGGCUCUGCUAAAGGAGAUCCAGCGGAGGAGGCUAGGUGGAGAGUUGCGAGAUGGCGAAGACGGCAUGAGAAUCGUGAGGGUCGCGCAUAUCGGCGGGCACAAGUGGGCGGGCAACGCGCUCGUGUACAAGGAGGGCGGAGCGUGCGAUUGGUACGGCCUCUUGCGAGCCGACGAUGCGCCGAAACUGCUCGACUACGCCACCUCUCCCUCUUCCCUUCCCUGGUUCUCCCGCUGGCGAGGCCGACUAGCGCUCACUUCCGACGAGACGAGAGUAGCGUACGCGAAUCGACCGUCUGCUACGGCGGAGGACAAGUCGGAUCAGCCGCGGCAGGAGUUGGGAGACCGCGUCGAGAUUGUCUUCACUACAUACGAAGGCGAGGACAAGCGGGUGCUGGGAUACGAGGGAGAGAGUUUGAUGGAGACCGCUCGACGAAAUGACAUGCCCUCCAUCCUCGCGACUUGCGGUGGCCACUGCGAAUGCGCGACCUGCCACGUCCACAUCCCGCCUCUCUCUCCCAACUCCCCCUCUUCCGCCGUCGCGGACUCUUCAACAGGUCGGAAACCGCUCGCUUUGCCGCACUCUGCGCCUAUACCGGAGAUGAAAGAUGAAGAGGACGAGCAGCUAGAGUUUGCGAUUGGCGCGGACGACGAUUCGAGGCUCGCCUGCCAGAUCCCCGUCACCAAAGAGCUCGCAGAAUGGAUCAAGGCCGGCGGACGGAUCAAGCUCCCGCGCUACUAG